AUGGCUUCGCAGCCGAUGGCGGGGCUGCGCUCGGAUGCAGAGCCGCGCGCAAAGGGUUCUGGAGCGGCUGGGACCCUCACAGUCACGAAGGUGUCGGGCGAAACCGUGUUGGUCAUGGAUGCGGAUGAGUUCAAAGAGUUCACAGAUCAGAGUGGGCGGUCCCUGAAGGCGCUAAAACGGCACCUUCAUUCGCUGGGGGAAGUUCCCAGGUUUCGCCAGCGGCUGCUCCACGAAAGGCGCCUCUUACAGGAGGACGAAGACCUACCGAGUGUGCCCGUUGCCUCCAACUUGGAUUUGCAGCUUGUGGUGCUCCCCUUCCACACCAGCCUGGCGCAGCGCGGGGAACUGCGCACGGCCGCCUCGAAGGGACAGGCGGAGGCGGUGGAGGAGCUGCUUCAAGGUCCUCAAGAACCUGAGGAAGAUGCGCUGCAUGCGGCAGCAGAGUGUGGCAGCGUGAGCUGUGCAAGCCUCCUGCUCGAGGCCAGCGCUGACGCAAAUAAAGGAGACAGCAUUGGCCGAAGUGCCCUCUUCCAUGCAGCCAGCAACGGCCACGCGAAAGUGGCGAGGCUACUGCUUGAUGCUGGUGCCGACAAGGACCUGGGUGAUGGCUGGGGGCAUACGCCGCUCUCCAUGGCGGCGGACGUUGGUCUCAGCCUCGAGAUGGUACGCCUCUUGCUCGAGGUCCGAGCAGAUGUCGAGAAAGCGGGGCACUUCAAUCGAACCCCUUUGCUGGCGGCUGCCGAGAAUGGGCACUUGGAGAUUGCCCGGCUGCUAGUGGGGGCCAGCCAAGUGCUUGGCAGGCCUGUGGCCCAAAAUGGGGCCUCCCUGUGCGUGGCAGCGAUGCAUAGCCACCUGGACAUCGCGCACCUGCUCAUUGGCACAAGGGCUGAUGUGAACUUCAUGGAUCCUUCGGGCUCAACGCCCGUGUUGAUGGCAUCCCUGCACGGCCAUGUGGCCAUGGCACGCCUUCUGAUCAGCGUGCGCGCCAACGUGGACUUGGCCAACAAGACGGGCGCCACCCCUCUGAUCGUCGCAGCGCAGCAGCGCCUCCUGCAGAUGUGCAACCUCCUCAUCGACUGCCGUGCAAACGUACACCAAAGCGCGUACAACGGAGCCACACCUUUGAUCGUGGCUUGCGAGCACGGCUCGGUGGACACUGCCCGCUGCUUGGUCAUGGCGGGCGCGAGCGUCCACACAGUCUCGAGCAACCACGCCACACCGUUGCUCGCAGCCCGCCGGAAAGGUCACCUGGAGGUCAUGCGGUUUCUUCUCCAGGCCCGAGCAGAUUCGGAGCAAGCGGAUGCAGAUGGCUGCAGCGCCGUGUGCCUAGCCUGCCAAGACGGCCAGCUGGACACUGCGCAGCUUCUGCUCACUACCCGAGCCGACCUGAACAAGGCAUCGGGAAGUGGCAUGCAUCCGAUUCUGGCAGCAGCUCAACAUGGGCACUCGGAGGUCGUCCGCUGGCUUUGCCGGGCGAAGGCGGAGGUGAAUCAAGCAGGCGGCCAGCAGGAGACACCCCUGAUCCAAGCAGCUCGUCGAGGAGACCCGACCAUGGCGCGUGCCCUUCUGGAGGCCGGCGCGGACCUCGAAGCGUGCAAUUCCGCCGGGUCUUCGGCGCUACUGGUGGCCUCCGCCAACGGCCAGCUGGAAGUUGUGCGCCUGCUCGUCGCCAAGAGGGCAUUCUUGGAUCGCCAGGAUGUCGAUGGAUGCACUGCUCUCUACUGGGCUGCAGCACGCGGCGAGGUGGAGGUCGUGCGAGUGCUCUUGGAGGCCUGCAGAAAUCGCACGGGCGGCCACAGAGAUCACAGCCAAGAGUGGUACGACGGCGGACCCAGGGCUGCGAGAGCAUUUCUAGAUCGAGACCGGUUGAGGUUCCAUCCAGAUCGUGAACGGUUCUUUGCAACCUCGUUUCCACCUUGCCUGCGCAUCAUCGUUUUGUGGGCUCCGUGGCACAUCGAGUUUUGGGCAUGGGAGCAGUUUGUUGCAUCCUAG